AGGGUCAUAAACAAUACUAUAGACCAGUGCCAAAGAACCAGAGGCUAGCCAAAUAAAUUGGAGAGAAAAACAGAAUGAGAGUAAGGAGGCAAGGACCCUGGAAGAGGUCUCUGCAGCCACCUGCUUGGGCCCACCUGGCGGGUUCGCGACCUCCCCAACUGCGCUGCCAGAUCCAGUAAGGAAGGGUUGGAAUCUGUUUGGGAUACACAGUGAACACAUGUUGAAUUAGUAUCCAAACUGGAUGUGCAAGAAGAUGAGGGCAUAUUUGAGUUUACAGAUGAGAAAACUAGGACCCAGGAAGAAGUGACUUACCCAAAGUAGUUCUGCUGGUGAGGGUUGAGCUGGAAUUCGAACUCAGACCCCACCGACUGGACGACUCCAACUCCUACUGGUCCGUGAGCGAGGCCAGUAUGGCGAACCAACGUGCAGAGCCGGGCUGCGAGCCAGGGCAGGUGAUGCUGACUUUCGAGGACAAAGGCAUAAAGAGAUUCACCUGGGCCAUCGCCCCAGCCUUGGCCUCCCUGGGCUACCUGUUCAUACUGGUGGUCUCCAUCUUUCCCUUCUGGGUACGUCUGGUGGAUGAAGAGUCCCAUGAAGUGUUUUUCAGUGGCCUGUUUGAGAACUGUUUCCAUAUCAAAUGCUUGAAGCCUCGACCCUUAUCCAUUUACAUCUUCCUCGGCCGGAUCUUCCUACUCUCUGCAGUUGUCUUGGCUUUCCUUACCACUUUCUUCAUGGUGUCCUUUGCAUCUGACCUCUUCUGGAGGAUCCGGAGGCCCAAUAUCGUGUCAGCCUUCAUCAGCUUCCUCACAGGGACCUGUGCCUUCCUGGCCUUGUUGCUGCACGCCCUAGAGAUCCGGGAUCUGAGAACGAAGCCCAGUCCCCCACAGUUCUCUGUGCAGUGGCCUUACUACAUCCUGGGCUCUGGCAUCCUUCUGUUCCUACUGGCUGGUGCCAUCUGCCUCUCUCAAGAAGCAACCUGCUGUAUCUGUCAGUUGUUGCCCAUUUUCCAGAGUACUGAGGAAACCCAGGGCAUCUCACACCUGGAGAGUUUUGGAGAAGGACUGAACUCAGUACAAAAAGAGAUGCUGCUGCAGGAAGAAACUGUUAUCUAGUCCAGGAUGCUGUGUCUGCCCUUCUUCCAGUGUAUGAAGACAUGCCUGUUGCCCCUGAGUGUCCUGUAAGCCCUCCACUCCCCAACAAGCACAGGUGUUCUGGCUACUUAUGUUUGAAAUGUGUU